CUUAACAAGUAAAGAACAAUGCGAGUUAGUAUAUAAAGUAUGUCUCGUUCCCAAACAUAACAACAAACUUAAGUUUCCUCAUUUGUCUUUCUUCUCUCUUCACCCGGUUUUAUAGUUUUACAAAAGGCGAAAUGGCGGGUGAGCAAAUGAAACCUGUUGCUUCUCUACUUCUGGUGCUCAACUUCUGCAUGUAUGUGAUUGUUCUUGGGAUUGGAGGAUGGGCCAUGAACCGAGCCAUCGACCACGGGUUCGAAAUUGGCCCUGAUCUGAAGCUACCAGCACAUUUCUCCCCAAUUUAUUUUCCCAUGGGAAACGCAGCCACAGGAUUCUUUGUGGUGUUCGCGUUGCUGGCGGGUGUUGUUGGUGCGGCUUCCACAAUCUCAGGCCUUAGCCACAUUCGUUCUUGGACCGCGGGAAGCUUACCGGCUGCUGCAGCAGCUGCAACUAUUGCCUGGACCCUCACAGUUCUUGCCAUGGGUUUCGCCUGGAAAGAAAUCGAGCUUCACGUGCGAAAUGCAAGACUGAGAACCAUGGAGGCGUUCUUGAUCAUACUCUCAGUCACACAGCUUCUUUACAUCGCCGCUGUUCACGGCGUGAGGAGACCUGCUUAAGGAAUCAUGGGGUGUUUCUACUUUUCAAGUCAAUCAUCCCGAAACCAGGGAUUGGGUGUGUUGAGUGUUUGUUUGUGUGUGAUUUAUAUUUUAUAGGAAGCUUAAGUUAAUUCAUGUAUUCUUUGUGUACAAAAGGAUCAGAUCUUGUUUUGUGUUUGUGUCACUUUGUGUUCAUGGAAUAAAAUCAAACUUUGAGAAGAUAAA